UUUACCCCAAGCCGCACUUCAGCCGCUCAUCUUGAUCACGUCAACCCGCAAAGUCGGCGCGGGUCGCCUUCUCGACACAUUUGUAACCCGGAAAAUAAGGCUUCAAAGGUUUCAAACGAGGGUUUGCGAUAUUAUCCAGCCGUGCCGUGUGCGAUGACGCUUGUAACGCAAUCCAACCUUUUUCCUCUUAACGACGCUGCGGAGGAACGAGAGCUGAUGCCUCUGGAGGUCGACGAGUUGCGCGAGGCCUUCAAGGAGUUCGACUACGACGCCGACGGCUUCAUCCACUACAAGGACAUCGCCGACUGCAUGAGGACGAUGGGCUACAUGCCGAACGAGAUGGAACUGAUCGAGAUCAUCCAGCAGAUCAAGAUGAGAUGGGGCGGCCACGUGGACUUCGACGACUUCUGCGAGCUAAUGGGCCCCCGGAUGCUGGCCGAGACGGCUCACAUGCUCGGGCUCGAGGAGCUCCGCUGCGCUUUCAAGCAGUUUGACUGCAACGGCGACGGCAAGAUCACGCUUGAGGAGCUGAAGGACGGCAUGAAGACCCUCCUGGGCGAGAAACUGAAGAAGGGCGAGCUGGAGGAGAUCCUGGGUGACAUCGACCUGAACAAAGACGGCAACAUCGACUUUGACGAGUUCGUGAUGAUGCUCUCGGCUCGGUGA